AUGCAUUUAAUAACGAAAGAUCCCAUAUCGAACCAGAAUGAUGAUUUAAAAGUCGAACCAAUGGAAGUUUCGAAUAGUAUGGAAAAUGAAAAACUACAAGUGAAUAUUCCAACGACAUAUGCAGCUCAUCUUGAACGUCAACAAUAUUGUUUUAUUAUAUUCAAUAAUCCAAGAUGGUCUCAAAUUGUUAAAAAUAAAUCGUCCAAUAUACCGCGAGAACACGCUGCAACGGUAAAACAAGAGCCAACACAAACAACAUUCGACUGGCCAACACAAAUGUUUGUUAAAAAUGAAACAUUUGAUUUAACAUUAGAUGAACAAUUCGUGGCUAAAUUAAGACAACUCAUUGAUGAAUACAUGAAACAUACAACACGGCCAUUACCAUUAAAAUAUUUUCUGGAUCUUACAGAACAAUGA